CGGUUAAAAGCGGAUCCUGGCCGAAGGCGGUGCCGCGGUACAUGAAUAUUGAUUACGCAGCGCAGCGCCGAACGCCCGCCCCUUUCGGCUGCCGACKCUCGCAGCUCGCGCUCGGGCUCGCGAUGGGGAAGAAGUCCCGGGCGGUACCCGGCCGCAGGCCCAUCCUGCAGCUCUCUCCGCCAGGUCCCCGCAGCAGCACGCCGGGCCGGGAUCCGGAGCCGGAACCUGACACCGAACCGGAUUCGACGGCGGCGGCUUCUAACCAGCCAGCCCCGCCGGCGGCGGCAACGACGUCGACGACACCCGCGGUGACUGCCUCCGCGGCCGCGGACGACUCGCCUUCAGAAGAUGAACAGGAAGUGGUGGUGGAGGUUCCCAGAGUUGCUCAGAACCCUCCAAAACCAGUCAUGACUACCAGACCCACAGCUGUUAAAGCAACAGGUGGUCUAUGCUUACUUGGUGCUUAUGCUGACAGUGAUGAUGAUGAGAGUGAUGUUUCUGAAAAACCAGCACAAUCCAAAGAAGCAAACGGAAACCAGUCAGCUGAUAUUGAUAGUACACUGGCCAAUUUCCUAGCGGAGAUUGAUGCCAUAACAGCUCCUCAGCCUGCAGCUCCUGUGGGAGCUUCUGCUCCACCUCCAACUCCACCUCGACCAGAGCCAAAGGAAGCAGCAACAUCUACCCUUUCUUCUACUACAUCAAAUGGAACUGACUCAACACAAACACCAGGGUGGCAAUAUGAUACCCAGUGUUCACUAGCAGGAGUGGGAAUUGAGAUGGGAGACUGGCAAGAAGUUUGGGAUGAGAACACAGGAUGCUAUUAUUAUUGGAACACACAAACAAAUGAAGUAACUUGGGAGUUACCCCAAUAUCUUGCCACUCAGGUUCAGGGAUUACAACAUUACCAGCCCAGUUCUGUAACAGGUGCUGAAGGUAGUUUUGUGGUAAAUACAGACACGUAUACAAAGGAGAAAACAAUUCCUGUUUCCAGUAGUAAAAGUGGACCAGGCAUAGCUAAACGAGAAGUUAAAAAGGAAGUAAAUGAAGGAAUCCAGGCUCUCUCAAAUAGUGAGGAGGAAAAGAAAGGGGUGGCAGCCUCCCUGCUUGCUCCUUUAUUGCCUGAAGGAAUAAAAGAGGAAGAAGAAAGAUGGAGAAGAAAAGUAAUUUGUAAAGAAGUUGAGCCAAUUUCAGAGGUGAAAGAAGCUAGUACAACAGUAGAAGAAGCGGUGACAACGGUAAAGCCACAGGAAGUUAUGUUGGACAGUAUAGAAGACCCUUCUCAGGAGGAUCUUUGUAGUGUUGUUCAAUCUGGAGAAAGUGAAGAAGAGGAGGAACAAGAUACCCUUGAGUUGGAGCUCGUUUUGGAACGGAAGAAAGCAGAAUUACGAGCCUUGGAGGAAGGAGAUGGUAGUGUGUCAGGGUCUAGUCCACGUUCUGAUAUCAGCCAGCCAGCAUCUCAGGAUGGAAUGCGUAGACUUAUGUCUAAAAGAGGAAAAUGGAAGAUGUUUGUUCGUGCUACCAGUCCAGAAUCUAACAGCCGGAGUUCUAGCAAAACUGGACGAGAGACUCCAGAAAAUGGAGAAAAUGCAGUUGGUGCUGAAAAUUCAGAAAAAAUAGAUGAAAAUUCAGACAAAGAGAUAGAAACGGAAGAAUCCUCAGAGAAAAUAAAAGUACAAACCACACCUAAAGUAGAAGAAGAACAAGAUUUGAAAUUUCAAAUUGGAGAACUGGCAAAUACCCUGACAAGUAAAUUUGAAUUCCUAGGCAUUAAUAGACAGUCCAUCUCCAACUUUCACGUGCUGCUCUUACAGACUGAGACUCGAAUUGCAGACUGGCGGGAAGGGGCUCUUAAUGGAAACUACCUUAAACGAAAACUUCAGGAUGCAGCAGAACAACUAAAACAGUAUGAAAUAAACGCCACUCCUAAAGGCUGGUCCUGCCACUGGGACAGGGAUCAUAGACGAUAUUUCUAUGUAAACGAACAGUCGGGCGAGUCUCAGUGGGAGUUCCCAGAUGGUGAGGAGGAGGAGGAAGAAAGCCAAGCACAAGAAAAUAGAGACGAGACUCUUCCUAAACCAGCCUUGAAAGACAAAACUGGCACUGAUUCAAAUUCUACAGAAUCCUCUGAGAAUUCAGCAGGUUCUCUUUGUAAAGAAUCCUUUUCUGGCCAAGUUUCUUCCUCUUCACUGAUGCCACUUACUCCAUUCUGGACUCUCCUUCAGUCAAAUGUGCCUGUGCUUCAACCUCCAUUACCCUUGGAAAUGCCACCACCUCCUCCCCCACCCCCAGAAUCCCCUCCUCCCCCUCCGCCACCACCUCCUCCUGUAGAAGAUGGUGAGAUCCAGGAGGUAGAGAUGGAAGAUGAGGGAAGUGAGGAGCCUCCUGCCCCAGGAACAGAGGAGGACACUCCUUUGAACCCUUCAGCAGCCCAACCCACUGUUGUAACUAACCAGAGUUCAGUUGAUGCUACGAUCUCUAGUUCUCCUUCCACUAAAGCAAUAAAGAGAAAAGCUACAGAAAUUAGUACUGCAGUAGUUCAGAGAUCUGCUACUAUUGGUAGUUCUCCUGUUCUCUACAGCCAGGCAGCUAUAGCUACAGGUCACCAGACAACAGGGAUUGGACACCAGGCUACUGGGAUUGGACACCAGGCAAUAUCAGUUAGCCAUCCAGCAGCAGGAAUGGGUCAUCAGGCCAGAGGAAUGAGCCUCCAGUCAAAUUACCUUGGACUUGCAGCAGCAUCUACAAUUAUGAGUUAUGCUGAAUGUUCUGUCCCUAUUGGAGUGACUUCUGCCUCUUUACAGCCAGUUCAGGCCCGAGGUGCUGUGCCAGCCACUGCCAUUAUAGAACCACCACCACCUCCACCUCCUCCUCCUCCACCUACACCACCACCACCACCAGCUCCCAAAAUGCCACCACCAGAAAAGACAAAAAAAGGAAAGAAAGAAAAGGCAAAGAAAAGUAAAACCAAAAUGCCAUCUUUAGUAAAGAAGUGGCAGAGUAUCCAGCGUGAAUUAGAUGAAGAAGAGAACUCAAGUUCCAGUGAAGAGGAUCGGGAAUCAACUGCACAGAAGCGAAUUGAAGAGUGGAAACAGCAGCAGCUGGUUAGUGGCAUGGCAGAGAGAAAUGCUAAUUUUGAAGCCCUUCCUGAGGAUUGGAGAGCAAGACUAAAGAGAAGGAAAAUGGCUCCAAACACAUAGUUGAAAAAAAAAAAAUUUAAUUGUUUUGUGUUCAGUUCAGAGUCUUAGCCAGUUUUACUAUUGUCAAAUAAACUAUAAAUGUAAUGGGGGUGAGCAUAUGCAUUUCCUGGGCAAGAGCAUACAUGUACAAAGUUGUCCAUUUGUGAAAUGUAAUUUUUCUGUUUUGCUGAAGGGUGAGGCAAUUGGAAUUGCUUUGACCUGACUACCUUUAUUCUCACACUGGCAAAUUUAGCAUGUUAGGUAUCAGUCGAUCAAUCGAAGAACAUGUGGCUCAUGAGUAUGGCUCCUGUAGAGGGCUUGCUGACAAAGUGAAGGAUUUUCCUGCCUAAUAGAGGCUUCUUUCAUUCCUAAUGUGGCACAUUCUCUGAUUCCUACUCAAGAACAAGUGCAAUUAAGAAGGAAGCUCUGUGUUCUACCUUGCUUGACUGCAAUCAUCAGGAGCUCUUUCUGAACUCUUCCUCCAGGCUGCCACCCCUGAAGUGUUGAGAUCUGUAGAGUGAUAUACCUUAAAGAGUAGCCCUUUCUCACAAAUCCUAGAAUUGAUAGUCAUCUUACACUCUAGGUGGCAUAUUUAAAUUUUAAUGCAGGCAGCAGUAGCAGCCGGUGUUCAUAUCCUUGAUUUUCAGAAAUUUCCCUCAAAGUAUGUGGCAGUAAAUUUCACAAAGCCACUUUGUGUUAAUGCGUCUUCAUGGUCUUACUGUGUUCCAAAAUCCACCUCCCUUCUAUGUGUGAAUGUAUUCUCCAUAAAAUUCCAGUAUUUAAAAAGCAAUUUAUUGUUCUGUAUUUUCUAUUGUGUCACAAUCAGGUAAAGUCACUUUAAACUGAAGAAAAGGCAAAUUGUGUUUUAAAGCUGUUUGUAUUUCUCCAGUUUCUGACCUUGUAAAUUUGUAUAUAUGCACUAAUAAAGCUCUUUUUAUACUUGUGAUUGGUUAUCUUUUGCUCUUCUAAGACUGUCAUUCCAUAAUUAUGUAACCAGAAUUUAAUUUUACAUCAGUUCCUAAGUGUUUUUUCCUAAUCAGAAUCAGAUAUGGUGCAAGGCAUGUAAAAAUGUUGAAUGACUUUCAGGAAAAAGAGUAGCAGGAUCUUGAGGAUGGGGGA